AUUUGGUUUAUACUUUGUGGGAAAGCCUGAAACCCCAGGAGAAUUACACCUUUUAUUGUCAAUCCUGUGGUGACAUCAUAGUAGAAAAACGGAAGCUUCUUAGAAUUCUCCCUCUACCAAGUGAAAACUGGAGUGCUUUAGUUGAAGAGUGGUGUUGCCACCCUAACCCCUUUGCCAGAAGCACUUUGCACCCCCAGCAUGAUGACUGUUUUCUUGGAGACACUUUUUUUCUGUUGAAUUCAGGAAAUGAAUCACAUGUGCCUGAAUCUCCCACGUGCUGCUCAGAGACUGGACACUGUGCUUCUCAGAGUGGCUCCAACUUGAAAUCAAAGGAAAAUACCAGAGCAAUUUGUAAGCGCUGCAAGACAACACUGGGAGAAACAGUAUCAUCAGAUACCAUUAAAUAUUAUGUCACUGAGGUAAUUAUUCAACCAUCUGAGGAAAAUUUCAGCCCAACACCAAGGUCUCAAUUUGUACAAAGCAUGGUUGCCCAGUGUCUUGUGGAGUUGUCCUCUGCUAAAAGCACAUUUAGAUUCACCAUAGAAGGGGAUAAUGGAAAAAUCUAUAUUCUGAUAUGGCUUUUAAAUUCUGACACGUUGCUGGUGGAGUCCUUAGGGAGUUCCUCAUCCCACAGUGGCUUUACACUGUUUGGAGAUAUUUUCCUGCCUAGUUCUGUACCAGUGGGGACCUGGAAUGCUGUCAAAGUCCUUUACCAGCCGUGCAUUAAAAGCAGGAAUAAGGAGUAA